AUGGAGAUUGGAAGGAAUGUGACAGAAUUCAUCUUAAUAGGACUUACACAGAAUCUGAAAAUGCAGAAAAUAAUCUUUGUUUUGUUUCUGGUCUUAUACACAAUAACACUGACAGGCAAUGUUCUCAUUGUGGUGACCAUCACUAGCAGCAAGUCUUUAAACACCCCCAUGUAUUUCUUUCUGGCACAUUUGUCUUUCGUAGAUACAAUCUAUUCAUCUUCUACAGCACCUAAGCUUAUUGUGGAUUCAUUAAAGCAGAAGAAAGUAAUUUCCUUCAAUUGGUGCAUGACCCAGGUCUAUUCAGAACAUAUUUUUGGGGCUACUGAGAUCAUCUUACUUACAGUGAUGGCCUAUGAUAGGUAUGUUGCCAUCUGUAAACCACUCCACUAUACUACAAUCAUGAGCAGAAAGGUGUGUGGUCUUCUUGUGGGGGUAGCUUGGUCAGGGGGCUUUCUCCAUGCAACAAUCCAGAUUCUUUUCACAAUCUGGUUACCUUUCUGUGGACCCAACAUCAUAGAUCACUUCAUGUGUGACUUGUACCCUUUGCUCAAACUUGUCUGCAUGGACACCCAUACCCUUGGUCUAUUUGUGGCAGCUAAUAGUGGCUUCAUCUGUCUGUUAAGCUUCCUCUUGUUGAUGCUCUCCUAUGUUGUAAUUCUACGUUCCUUGAAGAAUCACAGUUUGGAGGGCAGACGCAAAGCCCUCUCCACCUGUGUCUCCCAUAUCACUGUGGUUGUCUUAUUUUUUUUGCCUUGCAUAUUUGUGUACCUGAGGCCAGUGAUGACCCUUCCCAUAGAUAAAGCUGUAGCUGUCUUUUAUUUUAUGGUGGUCCCCAUGUUAAAUCCUUUAAUCUACACAUUAAGGAACACAGAGGUGAAAAAUGCUAUGAGGAAACUAUGGUGUCAGAAAGUGAAUGUAAAUGAUAAGUAA